AUGAAAAUAGCCACACUCCAAUUUGCCCCGACGGUGGGUGAUGUCCAAGGCAACAUCAAGAGGGCCAACGAGUUGCUCCAGCACGGCAGCGUGCUUGGCAAGCCCAGCUACGGACCCGGUAUCGAGUCCUUGAAGCCAGAUAUCCUUGUUCUACCAGAACUCGCUCUGACAGGAUAUAACUUCCCCUCGCUGGAUGCUAUUCGGCCGUUCCUCGAACCGGCCGGGAAGGGUGUCUCGGCGGCCUGGGCGCGCGAGACCGCCACGCGCCUCAAGUGUAAGGUCUGCGUGGGAUACCCCGAGAUCGAGAUCGAGGCCGGGGGCGCGGACGCAGACGAGAAAUGCUACAACUCGCUGCUUGUGGUGGACGAGAAGGGCGAGAUGGUGCUGAACUACCGCAAGGCUUUCCUCUACUACACGGACGAGACGUGGGCCGCGGAGGGCGAUGCGGGGCGCAGCUUCCACGAGCUUGUAUUUAAUGGGCCCGGGAUGGCGAAGAGCAUUAUUGCGACCUCCUUCGGGAUAUGCAUGGACAUCAACCCGUACAAGUUCCAGGCGCCGUUUACGGCGUGGGAGUUUGCGAACAAGGUGCUGGACUCGCGGUCUCAGUUGGUUAUUCUCUCGAUGGCGUGGACGACGUUUAUGAGCCAGGAGGAGCUUGCUGCGCUGGCGGACAAGCCGGACUUGAAUACGUUCAACUAUUGGAUUCAGCGGUUUUUGCCGCUGGUGAAGGAGCGUCUGAGGCAUGAACUUGACCUCGAUGGUGGCGGUGGCGCUGCAGAGGGGAAGAAGGUGGUCAUUGUGUUUGGCAAUCGGUGUGGAGAGGAGGGAUCGGUGCGGUAUGCGGGGACGAGCGCUAUCAUUGCCAUUACGCAGCGGCCGCAGGGGUCUUCUCAGGGUGAUAAUGCUGGUGGGGAGGAGGAGUCCCCGUUUGAUGUUAAGAUUCUUUGUUGGGACAUGAUGGGUGCGACGACUGAGGGGAUUUGCUUUGCAGAUACUACGGCUGACCCAAAGAUGGCUUUUGGUCUAGUCAAGGCGGCGCAUUGA